CUUUACCAACCUAUAUUCUUGUGGAGAUUUAAAAGAAGACUAUAUUUUUAUUUACACAUUUUUGACGUUUGAUCAUAUCUAUUACAUAUAUUGGAUUUACAAAAAAAAAAAUUGCAAAAUAUUCUUUGAAAGAAAUAGAUUUUUUUAAAUUUCAGUUAUUAAUGGGAGGAGUUCAACAUUGAAGUAUACAAUGGGGCAAACUUUGAGUGAACCAGUGAAAACAAAAAAGACGGCUUGUUGUAGAAAUGAUAAUUUUCGAGUUGGCAGUUCGAGUAUGCAAGGAUGGCGAGUGAGUAUGGAAGAUAGUCACGUUCACAUUCUCUCUCUACCUGAUGAUCCAGGAACAGCCUUCUUUGGAGUCUAUGACGGUCAUGGGGGGGCAGCCGUUUCACAACAUAUAAGUAAACAUCUUCAUGAGUAUAUAACCAAAAGAAUUGAAUACCAAAGUGGAAAUGUAAAUUUGGCGAUGCAAAAAGCCUUUUUAGAAUUGGAUAAAGACAUGCAAAGUGACUCAUUAAUAAGAGAGAAACAAGCUGGUUCAACUGCCAUCACUCUACUCAUUAAAGAUAACAUUCUUUACAGUGCGAAUGCGGGUGAUAGCAGAGCUGUUGCAUGUGUUCGAGGGCAUCCGGUUCCACUGAGUCAAGAUCAUAAGCCAAAUUUAGCUCUCGAAAAGAAGCGAAUCGAAGCAGCCGGUGGUUGGGUCGAAUUGGGAAGAGUCAAUCGACAUUUGGCUUUGUCCCGUGCUUUCGGGGACUUUAUGUUUAAGCAAAACAAUCGCAAGUCACAAGAGGAACAAAUAGUCACUGUGCUUCCAGACGUAAGAGAAUUCCAAUUAACCGAUGACUGGGAAUUUUUGGUCCUCGCUUGCGAUGGAAUUUGGGAUGUGAUGACAAAUCAAGAUGUAGUGAAAUUCGUGAGAAGUAGAAUAGCAUGUCAAAAAAUUGAUGGGAAUGAAGAGAAAUUCAUCGAUCCCGAAGAAAUUUGCGAGGAAUUAUUAAAACACUGCCUAGCGCCUGAUGUUCUAAUGGAAAUUGGUUGCGACAAUAUGACAGUUGUUCUCAUCUGUUUACUUAAUGGAAAACCAUAUUCUCAUCUAGUCACCAAAUGCCAACAGCCACCAGCCGAAACACAAUAUUGCGAGUCAAUAGGCGACGCCUCGACAAUUCUCGAGAGUUGCAUAUAGCAUUAAAUCAAAAAGAAAAUUUUUUCAAAUUGUGUGCAUAGAAAAUAAUUUUUUUUUUUUGAAUUGUCCAUUGUUAAUUAACUUGUUGUCAUAUAUUUUAUUUUUUAAUCUAUACAUACACUAUUUUUUUUUAAUCUAUACAUUGUUUUUUUUUUUAUAUAAGAGUCAAAUUUUUCAUUUUUAUUAAUAUUGUUAUCCGUCGCGUCGUGAAAAAAUUUGAAAAAUAUUAUCUUGAUACUCGAGUAAAAUUUGUGAUAUGUACUAUAUAGUUAAGAAAAAUUGAAAAGCUAUAAUCCAAGAGAGAGAGAGAGAAGUGCAGAAAAAAUUAGUAAAAUUCCUGUUAAAAUUUUCAUUUUAAAAAACAAAUUUUUUUAAUUACAUUUUCCACUGUUAAAACUGAGGAAAUAUAUUUGAGAAAGAAAAAAAAGUGAAGAAGAAAUUCUUUUUCUUUUGGUGGAAAAAUAAAAGAAUAGUUUACAAUU